AUGCUGCACGCCGAGGUCAUGCUGGUCUCGCGGUGCGCCCGGGAGGGUGUCGCCACCGAGGGGAGCCACCUGUACUGCCUGCAGCCGCCCUGCUGGGAGUGCGCCAAGUCCCUGCUGAUGGCCGGGGUCUCCCGCAUCUGCUACCAGGACGAGGCGCCCUCCGGCCUGGCGCCGCCGCCCAACGUGGAGCGGCAGGUGCGGAUCGCCGCGGAGACGGGCGCCGAGUGGCUCCGAGUGCCCCAGAGUGGCGUCCGGCACUUCGAGCCUAUCCAGGCCGGAGCUGCGACGAGCCUACAGCAGCUCCCCGCCGCUGUCGCUCUCCCGGGCACGUGGCUGGAUCUGAAGAUCAUCUCAGGCAAGAUGGCCUACAAUCUCGACGUGCAGGGCCCAUGGGGCCUUUUUAGCCUAGUUGAGGGCGCUGCUUGUGAUGCGAACGACCAGCAACUUGUCUUGCAGGCGCGGGGCAAGAUUGCGGACGCGGCCGCCCGCUGCGAGGAAGGAGAUGGCAGCAACGUCUACCUCACCCAGUGGUCGCAGGCUCCCAGCUCUGCCAUCAUCAUCGCGGACGCGCCGACUGCGCUGCUCCCCAGUCUCAUGAGCAAGCGUGUGAUCACGGAGUUCUGUAUGUUGCAGGUCCGCGAUCCUAUUUUGAGCGCUGGUGGCACCGCCGGGUCGAGUCCCCCAGGACAUCUGUCGAGGGCCGGCCCGCCGCGCUACGGAGCCUGGUCCCUGGCGCCGCACAGUGCUCCGAUCUGGACGGAGGCGUCGCUCGACACCCGGGUGGAGCUGCUGGGCCAGCUGUGCCAGGAGGGCGAGCUCGCCAUCGUCUCGAAGAUCCGCUGGCUGGUGGGCCAUGCCGCCGGGGUCCGCAUCAACGGCGAGGUCGCGGAGAGCCAUGAGGCUCUUCACGGUGAAGCUCUUGAAGUCGGGAGCGACUGGCCGUCUAUCUCGGUGCGGAAUGACCUGCUGGAGGAAUGCAAGUUCCUCGUCGUCUUCAUCUGCAUGUCGCUCUUCCCCUUCGCUGUCUUCUCCGACGCGCUGGCCCCCUUGCCCUCCACCGUGGCUGCGCAGCCGAAGCCGGUGGCGUGGAAGCCGCUCGCGCCAGCCGAGCCCGCCGAACCGGCUGCCGAGGCGGCCAAGGCGGCCGAGGCGGCCGAGGACAAGGAGCUGGCACCGGAGCCGACUGAGGGAGCGCUGGCCGAAGAGGGCCGUGCUGGGCAGGCGCAGAGAGAGCGCUGUGGAAAGGUCAUCCCGGGGCACUGGGCCGAGCGAAAGCGGGGCGGGCACUCGGACCCGCGUGUGCAGUCGCAGGCGUAG